AUGGAGAAAAUCAAAAGCUUGUGGGAUCAAGGCAUGUGCAUCCCGAAACCCCAAUUCGGGGAAGCCAGCAUCGACGAUCAAUCCGGUCGCGUCAUCAUCGUCACAGGUGGAUACGCUGGCAUCGGAUACCAGCUUUGCAAAAUUCUCUACCGCAAGAACGCCACCGUCUACAUGGCUGGACGCAGCAAGGAUAAGUACGAAGAAGCUGCGGAGAAGCUCCGGACUGAGGUGCCUGAAUCGCAAGGAAACCUUUCAUUCCUCCAGCUCGACCUCGCCCGACUCGACACGAUCAAGGCCUCGGCCGAGGAAUUCUUGGCCAAGGAGAAACGGUUAGACGUACUAGUUAACAAUGCCGGAGUUAUGCUUCCUCCAGACGGCAGUAAAACCGAUGCAGGUUACGAGCUCCAGAUCGCCACAAACGGCCUCGGACCUUUUCUCUUUACCCACCAUCUCUUCCCAAUCCUCUGCAGCACGGCUGCAUCGUCACCUCCAAGCUCCGUCCGGGUGACUUGGGCGGCCUCUCUUGCCAUCGACCUGCUGGCCUCCGACGCCGGCAUGGAAUUCGACGAGAACGGCGAUCCAAAGAACUUCGCCAGUAACAAGAACAACUACGGCCAGAGCAAAGUGGCCAACCUCUUCCUCGCCGUCGAGUUCGCCAAGCGAUGCGAGAAGCACGGCAUCCUCAGCAUUUCGUGGAACCCGGGGAAUAUCCAGACGGAUUUGUACAGACACAUGAGUGGAGUUGGAGCCGUUGUUUCCAAAUUUACGCUUUUCCCACCUUCGCUCGGUGUCAUUCCGCCCUUGUACGCGGGAUGGUCGCCGGCCGUGACCAUGCAGGAUUGUUUGGCUGGUGAACUGAUCAUCCCAUGGGAUCGGAAGCACACGCCGCGCCCGAAGUUGCUGGAAGGUAUCAAGCCCAAGUCGGAAGGAGGACAAGGCCUGGCAGAGCAGUUUUGGGAAUGGUGCAAAUUGCAGACCAAAGUGACUGAGAUACUGUAA